AUGAAAUCCACAAUCUCCUCGUCGGAAAAGCCACCUCCGCCGCCGUCCUCGUCUAGCAGCGCCGCCAGCAUGUCAUUCUUUCUCUCUCCUCUCUCACUCUCUCUCCUCCUUUCCCGAACCACCAGGCUCAGCGCCUCCGCCACCUUUGGUAAUAAUGACCUUUUUGGUCUCCUCCAUGAGAAGAACCCGGCCGGUCCAGGCGUCCAUGUUGAGCCGGACGAGUCGGUCAAUAUCCCCCAGCAGGUGGCUCCGGAUGAUGGCGGAGCCGGCGAAGCUGGUGGUCAGAGAGUGCAUCCGGCGGUGGAGACCGCCGCGCAUGAGGAGGAGCGAGUGGCGGCCGAGGAGGUUGCAGAUGGAGCCGGGCCGGCCCUCGCUGUGGAGGAUGAGCCGGUUCGCGUCCGGGUCGGCGGAGAAGACGGUCGGCUCGCCGAAGACGUGGGUGGUGAAGAGCGAUCCGAACCGGGCGACCCGGUCGUCGAUGAAGGGCUCCGGAUUGGAGGUUUUGUAGGCGGAGAUGAGCUGGAGCGUCUCGCCGAUGAGGGGCGGCCCGAGGUUUCCCGGCGGGAGGAGGCGACGGCGACGGCGGACGGCGGCGGAGCGGAGGAGGAGGAGAAGGGGGAGGAGGAGGAGGAGGAAGUAGAGUAG